CCAAGACUGGCCAAUCAAAAUCAACAUGUCCUCAUGAGUGUUAGCUGGACUUACUGUCAAACUCACAUCCAGUUUUCCUGCUUCAUAGAAAGGCUGCAAUAACACUAUUUUGAUAUUUUAAGGGUCGCGACACUUCGAGGAGCAUGGACCGUGGAACAAUGCAUAACAAUGAUUUGUCCCUUGAGAAUUUUGACAUUGACAUUUUGGACAACGGGAGGACCAUCAAAGAUGUCAUAGACAAUAAAAUAAAAGAGCUGGGCUCAGUGGACAAUGAAGAGCCGUUCUAUGUGGCAGAUCUAGACAGCAUGUACAAGAGGCACGUCCGAUGGCUUACCAAUUUACCUCGAGUCAAGCCUUUCUAUGCGGUGAAGUGCAACAACACAGCGGUAGUUUUGAAGAUGAUGCGUGCUCUGGACACAGGCUUCGACUGUGCUAGCAAGGCCGAGAUCCAGAUGGCCCUGUCCCUCGGAGCGACACCCGAUAAAAUAAUUUACGCACAUACAACCAAACCAAUGUCGCACAUCAAAUACGCCUGUGCUCAUGGAGUAGACGUGAUGACUUUUGAUAGUGAGGAUGAACUCCUGAAAAUGUCACUCUGUCACCCAAAAGCCAAGCUGCUAAUCCGCAUCGCAGUGGAUGACUCCAAAUCGCUGAUAAAACUCAAUUCCAAGUUCGGAGCCCGACUGGCGUCAGUUGGAAAGCUGCUGGAACGGGCUGGAGAGCUGGGCUCCGAGAUCAUCGGGCUCAGCUUUCACGUAGGCAGUGGGUGCACUGCAGGCUCUGUGUUCAAACAGGCCAUCGCAGAUGCCCGACACGUCUUUGACAUGGCGAAUUUGCUCGGAUUCCAGAUGAGACUCUUGGAUAUUGGUGGAGGAUUCUCUGCGAUCGGGGACUUUACAGGGAAAUUUGAAGAGUUUUCCGUCAUGAUUAACGAAGCACUGGAUGAGUUAUUCCCGCCUGACUGUGGGGUGCAGAUUAUUGCAGAGCCAGGCCGCUACUACGUGGAAUCUGCCUUCACACUGGCGGCCAAUGUCAUUGCCAAAAGAGUCAACUGGGAUGAUAUGGAUAAAGAUAGCGACCGUGAGGAAAGCCCUGACAGAAUGAUGAUGUACUACCUGAACGAUGGAGUGUACGGCUCCAUGAGUUGCGCUAUCAAUGACCCGGUUCACUCCAACCUUGAACCGUAUCUUCACAGGGUUGUCGACAGCAGCGAGCGGAGCUAUCGCUCUGCUAUCUGGGGUCCAACCUGCGACAGCUGUGACAAAGUAACUGACAACUACUGGAUCUCUGAGUUGCACGUGGGGGACUGGCUUCUCGUCGACAACAUGGGAGCUUACUCUAUCAGUUUAUACACUGACUUCAAUGGCUUUGAAAGAGCACACAUUUACACUGUUGUGAUAGCUGAGACAUGGCACGCCUUAAACCUUUCUCAAACCUUCGGCAUGCGUAAAUGAUCUGGUAACUCUUAUGUUGGACAAUAUCUCAAUACAUGUCCGAAAUGUAGGCAUUUGACGUCUGUCUUCAAUUGGUCAGUUUCACAGGCCUAU